UCUUCGCUCUGUCAAACACACAUGGCCACCGCAUCAGCAUCAUGGCCUAAUCCACCUUUGGAUCGGAGUAUUCUGGGAUGGGAUCCAACGGAUGAAUUCUCAGUCUUGAUAGGAGAUUGGCUAUCGGAAAAUGGUCAAGGAUAUACUAACUUAGAGAUAGAAGCAAAAGUUGGACGGAUAAUGGAUCACGAUACAGGACAACGUAUUCAAAUUCCAGUCCGAACAGAAACGAUCAUUGAUAUGCAACGUGGCUGGAGAUUUGAAAGUCAUAUGUCUGAUGCACAACAUCAAAAGAUUAAUGGAUUACUCAAUAAAGCAGUUGAACAGAGUUCGGGAAAGAUUACGUAUCAAAGACAGAAAGAGGUUGAUUUGUUUUAUACCGAUGAUAAUGGCGAUAACAGGAGUAAGAUCAGAGUGACGAAAGAUGAAGAUUCAUGGCAAACAAAGGCAACGAUCAUGAAGAAGAGGUUGAAUGAUAUAAACGUCUAUUGCCCUAAUCGAUCGCUGGAUUAUAGGAUCAGCAUAAAUGUGGAAGAGCCACGGUCUGAGCCAACGCAUCAAGAAUCUGACUUUCAACGAUCGAAGAAUCGCCUGCAUUAUACCCAUCAACAGAUCUGCGUUGAUCUGACACAGGUUUCUUCACCGGCAGGGGACGAAAAGCCCACCAAUGAACUCGAGCUAGAAUUCAAGGAUGCUAACGAAUUACUGCGAUCAGCCCAGGCUUCCGUUCAUGCUGCAAGUCGGGAAGAAUGGACACCGUAUUACGAUUCAAUUUUGGUGUUCCUGAAUAAUAUCAGAAUGCUCAUCAGGAAUGCUGAUUGAGAGAGGGGAUCAGAACAUGUAUCAUAAAUUCGAACUUGCACGCAAACACAAUUACACUCUAGUGUCGGUGAGAUCACGCUUAUAAGAACGGUUUCACUCUCAUUGUCAAAUAUGAUAAAUGCAUGAAAUCGCGAGUAAGAAUAUUAACAAGUUCCUUAAUUUACCUUCUUCCACGACGCAUCAAGCCGGCCAAAAUCACACCUCCGACGGCAGCUGCUCCUCCCAUCAAUGCCAU